AUGAGCAUUCUACAUCCUGCGCAGGGUGGACCUCAGCCAUAUGAGCUAGCAGUGGACAACUUCUGGCUCAAUGUCUUGCGACAUUACUUUCCGCUCCUUAAUAAUUAUAGCGUGGAGCGAGAGUCCUACACCUACCAGCGGAGACGAUACAUGGCCAAUGUGGUUGUUGCAAGACUCGGAAACAACAGGUUGCAGAAGGUGGUCAUCGACGAAGGCAAACGGUUUCCGAGCGACACUCAGCCUGGCUGGGAGCAAAGGUACAGAUGGACACAGUUGAAGAGUCAGCUGCGGAGAAGCCUUACCGGCGCUCGUAGGAGCAGUCGGACCCAAUCUACCAUGUAUGGCAUUGCAGCCGUUGGUGACAGGGUUCGAUUCUACCAGCUGCAGCAGGGCUCAAACCGAAUGGCUCCCUUUGUCGCUGAUCCUCAGAACCCUCCACUUGAAGCGCCCAUCCUGAGUAUCCACGGAGACCGGAAUAUGAUAGAUCAGCUGAUCAGGAUGAUCAGGACCGACUUUGGGCACUAG